ACUUCCUAAUUUUUUUCGUCAGCGUGUUACACUGUUACGGUUUACUAUCUACAUAUCCACGAAGUCUAUCAAAGAUUAAGGAUCUCUUUAUGGAUGCAUGGUAAGAGAUUCAAAACUGUAUUUACUGGAAUCGGGGGAAACCAGAGACAGAAUGUUUCAUUUGUGCGGCGCCGAAAUGUUGAAGUUGAAAUCAACGGGGCUACAUGACACUGACGCACGAUCAGCUGGUCUUGGCACCCUUCGAUUAGACCAGCCGGGCAGUCGAUCCUCUCCCGUUAUCAGCAUCACUCCGAUAGCCGAACCAGAAUCUCCGUCCUCGUUAUCAGUUCAGGAACUCCGCAGCAUUCUCAUCCAGAUCAGUCGUAUUUUAGCGCCGCAAGGAUUUGAAAUCUAUCCGUACCUAGUAGGAUGGUAUAAUAAUGUUGUGGAGCCCCCGUUUUGUUUGCAAUAUGACAAAGAUACGGUUGCGGUUCUGGUUAUCAGCACGCCUUCCAUGUUCGAGCGCACAUUCAUUCCCUUCAUCUUAAACAACGAUCUGAAAGAUCUACGGGAUCCCAUUGAUUUGUGUGUUAUGAAAUGCUUUAGCCGACUUCGGAAGGGACUUGAUAAUUUGGAUAUGGACAUCAUUCAUGAUUUUGAACUCCAUCCAAAUCGACGACCAAAAAUUCUUGCCCAGACUGCUGCACAUGUGGCCGGUGCUGCAUAUUUGUACCAACCCAAACAUUAUCCCAGCGCAUCGAAAAAUCAAAAGAAGUUGAUGGGGGUAUGCAUGCAUCCAAAACUCGGAGGCUGGUUCGCAAUUCGCGGCUGCAUUAUUUUGAAAACAACUUUAUGCAGAGAUUUGCCCCGUCGUCCACCUGUUAACGUGAUACGAUCAGAUAUAGACGCACAAACUGCCAUUGAAUUGUUUAAUUUUCACUGGCGGGAUAGUCGCUUCCGGGAUGUGAUUCCGGUGGUGGAAAAGUAUUCCGAAGAUCAGCAGUUGUACUUUAACACUUCCCCUGGCAAACGCAAAGAACUGCUACCACUUUUAAAAGAAAAGUACAAGCAUUUGGAAACUGAAGAGUAACUGCAAUCUCAGCCGUCAGAUAAAAAAAUUUUGACAUAGUUGAUACGAGUCUAUGACAUGUCCAAGUCCAGGCAUGUACGCAGUAGUAUUGCGUUUGUUUAUGCAUUUAUUGUGGAGUUAUAUUAACAGUAAUAUACAAAAUAAUAAAGAUUUUGUGAAUUAACUUUUUAACUAAAGAAUUGGUCUUCACUCGGGGAACCUGGAAUAAAAGAAAAAUUCGAGGUGUACCAC